AUGACGCUGUUGGUCAUCUAUGGUGCAACUGGCUACACCGGCCGCUUGGUCAGUGAGCAUGCAAAGGCCAUUGGAUUAAAUUUCAUGGUCGCCGGCAGAUCGGAGCGGAAGCUUCAGAUUUUGGCAUCUCGCCUCGAAGUACCCUACCGCGUGUUUGACUUGGAUCAAUCAACGAUCAUCGAUAGUGUCUUGCAAGAUGCCUUCGUGAUUCUCAACUGUGCAGGUCCAUUUGUUCAAACGGCGAAGACACUCAUCGAAGCGUGUUUGCGAACCAGCACGCACUAUCUCGACAUUUCCGCAGAGAUAGAAAGCUAUCAACAAGCCAAGAGUCUCGACCAAGACGCAAAGAGCGCUGGUGUCAUGAUUUUGCCCGGAUGUGGUGGAAGUGUUGCCAUGUUAGGCUGUCUCGCUAGCCAUGUGGUCGAUCAAGUCAAAAACCCCAUUUCAAUUGACGUCGCUCUUCAUGUUGCCGGUUCAAUGUCGCGAGGAUCAGCUAUCAGCGCAGAGAAUAUGAAAGCGGGAUGUCUUCAACUUGUGGAUGGCUGCCUUGUCAAACAAGAUACCAACAAAACUAUCGACUACGAUUUCGACGAUGGAAAUGGAGUUGUGACAUCGUUUCCAGUCACACUACCAGAUCUCCUGACUAUCUCGCACUCGUCAAAUGUUGCCAAUGUCAGAGCUUUUGCACACGCUUCCAGUGAUGGCUUUCCGACAGGAGACUGCAAUUUGCUACCCGAAGGUCCGACAGAAGCUGAGCGAGAUGUGACACCAUAUCAUGCGGUGGCUGUCGUGGCCUCUGAUGAAGGCUACGUAAAGCGGGCAGUUUUGCACACCCUAAACGGUUACACUUUCACGUGUUUUGCAUCCAUCGAGGCUGCAAAACUUGUGCUGGAAAACAAGAUAAGCCCUGGUUUCCAGACGCCAGUCAUGAAUUUUGGAAAGGACUUUCUUCGGAGCAUGCCAGACACCGAGAUUGUGGAUUUUGAGUCUGUCUCAAUCAAUCUGCUUUGA